CAUGAAGCAAAGAUCAAGUCCCUUACAGACUACAUGCAAAAUAUGGAGCAGAAGAGGAGGCAGCUGGAAGAGUCACAGGACUCUCUCAAUGAAGAACUUGCCAAGUUACGUGCUCAAGAAAAAAUGCACGAAGUCAGCUUCAAGGAUAAGGAGAAGGAGCAUCUGACCCGGCUUCAGGACGCAGAGGAGAUGAAGAAGGCGCUGGAGCAGCAGAUGGAGAGUCACAGGGAAGCCCACCAGAAGCAGCUGUCCAGGCUGAGGGAUGAAAUUGAAGAGAAGCAGAAAAUAAUUGAUGAAAUCAGAGAUAUGAAUCAGAAGCUGCAACUGGAACAAGAGAAGCUGAGUGCCGAUUAUGAUAAAUUAAAAAUCGAGGACCAGGAAAGAGAAAUGAAACUGGAAAAGCUGAUACUGCUUAAUGAUAAAAGGGAACAAGCAAGAGAAGAUCUUAAGGGGCUGGAGGAAACCGUGGCAAGAGAACUUCAGACUCUUCACAACCUACGCAAACUCUUCGUGCAAGACCUCACCACCCGCGUUAAAAAAAGCGUUGAACUCGACAGCGACGACGGGGGUGGAAGUGCCGCGCAGAAGCAGAAAAUUUCCUUUCUUGAGAACAACCUGGAACAGCUUACGAAGGUUCACAAACAGUUGGUACGUGAUAAUGCAGAUCUUCGUUGUGAGCUUCCUAAGCUGGAAAAACGACUUCGAGCUACGGCAGAGAGAGUUAAGGCCCUGGAGAGCGCACUGAAGGAGGCCAAGGAAAACGCCAUGCGAGACCGCAAACGGUACCAGCAGGAGGUAGAUCGCAUUAAGGAGGCCGUGAGAGCCAAAAACAUGGCACGGCGAGCACACUCUGCUCAAAUCGCCAAGCCCAUCCGCCCUGGUCACUACCCAGCGUCUUCUCCAACGGCUGUCCACGCCAUCCGAGGGGGAGGGAUGUCAAACUCCAGCUACUACCACAACACCAAAUAGACGAGAAGUAAGACCGUAGUAACUUACUCAUCUGUUCUUUCACUGAUCACCCAGUUUCCUUAGAUUUCAGCCCUGUUCUUAGAAGACCCGCAGUAUUUUUUUCGAGUUCUAGUCGGGGUCAUUUGCUGGUAAUUUCACUGUGAAAAGUUUCACUGUGAAAAUUAGCAAUUUAAAUGAGCAGUGCCUUGUUAGGAUGCUUUGCAAGCUGCUGAUGAGAGUUUUUUUUUUAAUGACUUAUCACUUAAAGCUUUUUUAAUAAACUAAAAUGCUCUGCUAAAUCUGGACUGAAAUUCACACACAGAGGUGUGAAACUUGUGUAGUAAAAAUAGAGUUCCA